AUGGUAAGUUUGGGGGUAAAAUACGACGUCGGAGUUCCACAUUUUGUGACUCUUAUAAGUAAUCAACGAAGAGACUUUGUAAGGGAUUUAUGAAAAAAAAUUUGUCGAAAAACGUUCAUUUUUUUUGGCGGUAAAUCCGACAAAGAAAUCUCAAAAUUUUCACAAAUUUUGUUCAAUUUCAUAAACUCCUGGGACUUUAAUCGAACAUUUUGUUCGAUUUUCGUCUUAUUUCCCCGAAACCGACCGAGUUUUCGAUAAAAAAAAAAUUUGAAUUUUCAAAUUUAAAAAAUUUUUGAAAUUCAUUUUUUUCGCCAAAAAAUUCAUUUAAAAAAGUUUGAUAUCUCGUUCGGUUGUCUCAAAAAACUAUUCGGAAACCUCCGACAAGAUGAGCAUGGUAAGGGAAGAGUGAUUUUUUACGGUACGGUACCCGAUCCAGUGAGAAAAAACGUGCCAUUUCGCAUCCGGGAAGCAUCAAAAAUGUGGCAAAAUGCUUCCCUUUCCAAGUGAAAAAACUUCGUUUUGAAGGGCGCGCUUUUGAGAUCAGAGUUUUUUCUCUUGGAGAGGGAAGCAUUUUGCCACAUUUUUGCUUUCCGGAUGCAAAAUGGCACUUUUUUUGCCACUGGAUCAGGUUCCCCACUGUAAUUUUUACCCGUCUCCGCUCAAGUCCCCAUUUCCAGGCCGAACCUUCAACUCCCGUCGCGACGGCCUCGAUCACCACCCCAACACCGAUGACUCCGACCGAACCCGCGGAUCUGGCCGUGGAUAUGGUGGAGAGGGUCCGCUCCCUCAGCUAUUACCACGGCCUUCUCGGCCGCCACGACGUGGAGCCGUUGCUGAAGGCGGAAGGGGACUUUUUGCUGAGAAAAUCCGAGGUCAAAGGCCAGAUUGUGAUCACGCUGGCUGUGCGCGCGGCCAAAGGCAUCAAGCACUUCUUGCUCAACCAGAAUGAGCAGAAUCAGUUUUAUUUCGAGUCGCAUUUUGUAAGCGUUUAUAUUGUUGUAGGCAUCGAAGGUAAUUUUAAAAAUUUUCCUCGGAAAUUAGCGAAGUUAAGAAAGUUUCUGCCUUUUUCGGAAAGCCAAUGGCAGUUCACGUUAUUUGAACUUUCAAUUUUUACCUUGUCAUCAAUGGGUGACAUUUUAUACGCUAAAAACUGUCUUGGAAUGCUUUGCUGUUUUGAACGUAUAAGAUGUCGCUAUAGUUAAGCUGUUCUUCAUGGUUGUAAAAAGUAGUAGCCUAUGUCACUUACGACUUCUUCUGGUCAUGUCGGCCUAUAUUGCGAUAUUUUAUACGAUGAAAACUGUUUUUGAGUGUUUUGUAGUUUUUAUCGUAUAAAAUGUCACUGUAGUAAAAGGGUUGCUGUAUACGACAUUCCAGCCAAUUUAAAAGCAAUUUUUCGUAAUUAAUUCAUUUGGCGACAUUUUAUACGAUGAAAUCUGCACAAAGGUUUCGUACAGAUUUUAUCGUAUAAAAUGCCCAUACUUCAAUUAUUAUUACUCUCAAAUAACGUGCAGGAACCCACCAUCAACGAGUUGAUCGAAUGGCAUGUCAAGAAUCAAGCGCCGGUCUCUCAGCAAUCGGGCGUCAAGUUGAAGAGUGCAGUCGAACGCCCACCAUGGCUUUUGAAUCAUGAUUCGGUGCGGAUGAGCAAAAAGCUGGGAGAAGGCGCCUUCGGAGAGGUCUACAUGGCCGUCUACACCUCCGACGGGGUUCCGCAGAAGGUCGCGAUUAAGACGAUUCGCGGCGAAGUCAGCCGGGAAGAGCGCCUCAAGUUCAUGAAAGAAGCCCGUUUGAUGAGGAAGCUGUCUAACAAGUAUAUUGUCAAAAUUUUGGGAGUUGCGGUAUGUUCUGCCUUAAUUUGAGAUUCUUUUCCCGAUUCUUGCAAGGUAUGACAAGUUAUACGAUGAAAAAGUUUGAAACAUCUUUUGUCGUAUAAGACGUCACCUAGGUUAGAGUGUGGUGUGAUAUUAGGGCUGUUGGAAGAUUAGGGCGUUUCAAUUACUGUUUUACUUUUUUGCAAUUCUUGGGGAUGUUUUAUACGAUGAAAAAUGUCUAGGAUUAUUUCUGCAAUUUUCAUCGUAUAAAAUGUCACAUAAGCAAAUAAUAUUUGGCCUGAUGAGAGUUUAUGCCAUUUUGAUUCAUAUUCUACAAGAUUUCGACUUUUUAUACGAUGAAACAUGUUUUGAGAAAAAUUUCCGGUUUCAUCGUAUAACAUGUCCCCUAUGCCUUUUUUGGUUUAUCGACUUGUGUCACCUUGUUUGUAGGUCCACGAACAUCCGUUGAUGAUUGUUAUGGAGUUGUGUUUGGGCGGCUCGAUGCUUGGGUAUUUGAGAAAACACAAGGGUCAGGAUAUUUUGAGUACCAAGCUCCGUUUCUGCUACGAAAGUGCGGUUGGACUGGCCUAUUUGGAGAAGCAAGGCUUUAUUCAUCGCGAUAUUGCGUAAGUUUCUCAAUUCAUCACAGAAAUUCGGAUUAUUUGCAUGAUUUCUCGAAAAAUGUGAAAUUUUUGGGUCUCACCACGAAAACCUGAGAACGCGAAAUUGAGUUGCGAAAAUUUCAGUGCCCGCAACUGCUUGCUCUCGGAGAAAAAUGAGGUCAAAAUCAGCGACUUUGGGAUGUCGGAUGAGCGGAAAUUACUGCAAGACGACAAGUUGGACAAGGUCCCGGUGAAAUGGCUGGCCCCCGAGACGAUGCAGAACAAGAUUUACUCGAACAAGACGGACGUCUGGUCCUACGGGAUCAUGGCGUGGGAGAUUUAUGCGGAUGGAGCCGAACCCUACCCGGGAUUGACGAAUAUUCAGACUCGAGCCAAGAUUAUCGUACAGAAUUACCGAAUGACCAUGCCUACUGUAAGUUUGAGGGAAAUUUUUGGGGUUACUGUAGUUUUAUUUGGGUUAAGGAGUGAUUAAGGGGUAAUAUAGGUGAUCUGGGGUUGAAAAUUUGGAUUUUUAAAGUUUGGGUUACUGUAAAAAAUUUUUGAAAAAUUACAGUAAGAAAUUAGUUAAUUUUGAAUAUAAAUUAAUAAAUAGUGGCCUUAAAGUAUUUUUGAAACAAUUUUAGAUGUUUUGAAGCCUCAAAUUUUUAUUACUUUUAUUUUGGAUUACUGUAACAAAAUUUAAUUUUGAAAAAUUACAGUAAGAAAUUAAUUAAUUUUUGCUACAAAUAGUGACCUAAAAUCAUUUUUAGAGGUACUUUUAGAUGUUUUGAAGCCUCAAAUUCAUAUGAUUUUUGAUUUAGGAUUACUGUAACAAAAUUUUGAAAAAUUACAAUUACAGUUAGAAUUAUAUAAUUUUGACUCUAAAUAGUGACCUAAAAUCAUUUUUAGAGGCACUUUUAGAUGUUUUGAAGCCUCAAAUUUUCAUCAUUUUUAUUUUGGAUUACUGUAACAAAAUUUUGCAAAACCGCAGUAAGACAUGUUACAGUAGGAAAAAUUUUUUAGAAUCGAAAAACUGGCUUCGAAAUAAACUUUUUGGAUUUUAAAAACCCAAAAUCCGGGUUACUGUAACAAAAUUUAUUUAUUUUUUAAAAAUUUGAUUUCAGGGUACCCCGGCGGGAGUCAUCAAAUUGGUUGAGAAAUGCUGGCUUCUCCAGCCAAACGAUCGUCCCAGUUUUGAGAGCAUCGUCAAGACUUUGGAGCCUCUGCUGACUUGA